GCUCGUUACGUAGACAGAUAGCCGCCUAGCGUUACCCUGUCCUGAAUAUUCAUCGCUGAGGAGGAAUCUGCCAAACUCUCUCGAUAUCAUGGAUUUUAAAGCGACUGUGCAUCGUCCGUGUGCGUGUUUUCAGCGAGGAGCGCUCGGUGGCGAGGGCGGCCGCACGGCAGAUGUGACGUCCCGCUCCGCUGCCUGUUUGCGGGACGUGUAAUGAAAGAAAGGGGCUUGUUUAUGAUGUGCGGUAUCGACACGGGGACCAAAUAGCCUCUGUCGCUGCGGCGUAAGGAGAUAACUGUCUCCCCUUUUCCUCCCCCCUGGUUGUGUAAUUGCUGACUGAGUGUUUCUUCCGUGUAGUUAACAUCAUUGUUGACGAGAGACGAGGAGUGUUUACGUCCCUUUGAGCGAGGAAGUGUGGCUGCGGCAAGUUCGCGGAAUUUAGCCGGGACUCCACCGGAAGUGUGGCUUUUUUUCCUUCACAAUAAAGGCGCAGUUAUUCCUGAUGAAUAAGAGUUUGGGUUUCCACGCGGCUACAGGCAAUAUCAUUUGGUGUGAAAUCAUAAAGUACGGUUUCAUUGACUACAAAUUUAUCAUUACCGUCACUGCUAAAUAGUAGCCGAGAACAACUCUUUUAUUAGUGAAGGUUGUAUUUUGGAAGCUGUGGUCGGAAGUGUUGGUUUUUAUUGCCACUCACUUGACAGCAGUAGGAAGUGGGAUGUGGCUAGGAUGUAUUUAUGCUGCUGUUCGAGAUAUGAAAACCAUUGAAUCGGCGCUGCUCCGGGAGCCCUGCUUCUCUGUCGGACACCCCGGGGGUUACGGGACACUUGGCUCUCUGUCGCCGCUGUCGUCGCUGGGGCGCAGCUGCCGGGCUGGUUCGUCUGCAGUGGACCAUUUCCAUGAAGGCAUCCCAACCUCACGACACACUCGUUUGUCGAAAUCGUGUGCGGGACUAUAUUCACUGAUUGCGUAAGAUCAAUAUGUGAAUCAAUACAGCCACAUAGAUGAUUUUUCUUUUUUAUUUUAUUUUUGGCUCGGACAAAACACUUUAUACUUCCUGGUGAUUCUACUUCUACGAAUGUCAACAACUCAGCAUCAAGUGAUGAUGGAGUCGUCCUUAGCUCUCGGUAGACUGGAACUGACCCCGAGUCCGGCCGCGGUUGGGGUCGGCCUUGCCCCGCGGCUAUCCGGCGGCCCCCCGCCGAAAGACAAGAGCGGCCAGCGCCCUGUGGGGCCCCAAGCCCCGGCGCACCUGAACGGCUGCGUCCCGCUGUCACACCAGGUGGCGGGUCACAAGUAUGGAGUGGAUAAAGUGGGUAUUUUGCAGCAUCCAGAUGGAACAGUCCUCAAGCAGCUUCAGCCUCCACCAAGAGGCCCACGAGAAAUGCAGUUUUACAGCAUGGUGUAUGCAGAGAACUGCAGUGACCCAUGUCUCUUGGAGCUCCAGAACCAUCUACCCAAAUACUACGGCACCUGGUCGUCUCCUGACAGCCCCAACGACCUGUACCUGAAGCUGGAGGAUGUGACUCGUCGCUUCGUCAAGCCGUGCAUCAUGGAUGUCAAGCUGGGCCAGCGCAGCUACGACCCGUUCGCCUCGCAAGAGAAACGGGAACAGCAGAUCAGAAAGUACCCGCUAAUGGAGGAAAUCGGCUUCCUGGUACUCGGCAUGAGGGUUUAUAAUGUGUGCAGUGACAGUUUUGAAUCCUACGACCAGCACUAUGGGAGGGGACUGGUGAAGGGCACGAUUAAAGACGGUUUGUCCAAAUUCUUCCACAACGGUGUGGGUCUGAGGAAGGAUGCGGUGUCAGCCAGCAUGCAGCGGGUGCAGCACAUCCUCCGCUGGUUCGAAUCCCAGCGCCAGCUUGUCUUCUAUGCCAGCUCUUUGCUCUUUGUGUACGAAGGCCUCCCCUCCUCUUCCUCUUCCUCCGCCUCCUCCUCCCCCUCUUCUCUUCUCAGCAACCUGUCCAUCAGCCCGACCGUGGGGAAAGUCGCCGUCUUGUCAUCGGCGGGCGGCGUGGAUGCCGGCGGGGGAGGGGAGGAGAAAGGAAUGCGGGAAGGGGCGGGGCAGGACGAGCAAGUGGCGGAGUACAACAACAACAACAUCCGAGUUGCGGCACCCUGGGACUACAGCCUGGCUACCAUGUACGCCAACCACAGGAAGGGCGGCCACCACCACCACUGCGCCCAGGAGCAUCUCCACGGCAAUGACGGCGCCAGCGACGUCACGACGAGUCCGGUGAUCUGCGACGACAUCGCGGCGCUGAACGAGGAGGACAACUCGUCGUGGAAAGCGGUGAGCGAGACGCGGCUCCAGCAGCAGCCGAAUGGAAACGGAAUCAAAUCACAACUGGAAGGGGAGGAGGAGGAGGAGGAGGAGGACGGAGGCGGGGAGGAGGACGGAGGGAGGAGAGGAAAGGAGGAGGAGGUGGAGGGGGAAGGACGGAGGAGCGACGCAAGGGAUGCAGGAGGGAACAGAGAAGGAGAUGGAGAGGUGGAGGUCAGGAUGAUCGACUUUGCCCAUGUUUUCCAGAGCGAAAGCCUCGACCACGGCUACAUCUACGGCCUCAGACACCUGCUGACAGUGCUGGAGCAGAUACUCCACGACGCCUCCUAGAUCUUUCAAAUACAAGCCAACCCUCCUUCCCUGAAUCCCACCAUGUGCUCCUGACCUCCUCUCCUCCUCUCUCUGCCAGCUGCUGCCAACCCUAAAGCUAAACCGCCGUCUCCUCCCGUCUAACACUCCUUUCUUUUUGAAAAAACACAGGGCAGUUUUGCUUUAAUUUGUCUCAAAAUAAAAAAAACCCUCAGAAGAGAGAGGGAGGAAUCAAAGAAGUGAAAAGUGUAACAAAUUAACCAUGGCAUCAUCAUUAUCGUCAUCUCCCCUAUGAGUUUGAUGGUGUCGGUUGUGUGCGCGUGUGUAUUUGUGUGUAUGUGUGUGUGUGUGUGUGUGUAUGUGUCCUUUUGUUUAUAACCAGGGUGGAGGUAAUAAGAGCAGACCGCUCUUCUUUUCCUUGUGAUCUGCAGCACUAUAUGCACUAAUCAUAUCCAUGAAGGCAUUACGACCUCACAUAUAAACAGGACAUGGCUUCGACACUUUGGUUUGCCGAUGCUCAGACAGCCACAAAGAUUUUUACUUUACUUUCACUUUAGUUCAUUCAAAAGAAGUUAAACUCAAAAAUAGAGUUAGACCAAUAGGAGUUUUUGGACUGAAGAUUUUGUGCUGAUAUUCAGUGUUGUUAAUACCUACAGGCAGUGUAAUAUUGAUGAAUUCUACAAUAAAUAUGAAAUCAGUCAAAUUGCAUCAUAUCCAUCAUAUAGAUCAACACUGAUCAGAUCCUAUUUUUAACAAAAGGACAGUAUCAGCCCUAUAUUGGUGUAACCCUAAUAGAAACAGAAUGCCACUGGGUAAUGAGAUUAGGUCCUGAUUACUUUUCAACAAAUCAUCAAGUAAUCAUGCUGGUGUAGCCACCUUUCCUGCUUGAAAGGAAAAAAAGUCCACCUUUUCAUCCAACUGAACACAGCUUUUUUUUUUUUUUUUUUGGCUAAGAUUAGAUGUGCUGUUCUCAUCAGAUCAGGGAAGAGCUUAGUUGGUCUAGAAAACCACUUCAAACAAUUAGUUGUUAGUGAUGACACAAUUUAACCUAACAUUUAUUUACAGCACUGCUCCUGGUUCAUCACUUUUUGCAUUCACAAACGAGGCAUCUGCUCUCAUUUAGGGUGAUUUAAAAUGGUGGUGGUGGUGGUGGUGGGAGGAGGCGGGGAUCAGUAUCUUGCUCAAGGGAGGGUAUUGAACCCAUGAUGUUCUGACUAAGGCAUGAAGUCUCUUUCCAUCAGGCCACCCGGCUACUACAUUUUAUUUUCUUGGGUGUGACCCACCAGUGAAAAGUUGACUUUAUUAUUUUGUUAUCUGGUUCAGUUCGGUUCACUCUGCUCCUUCACAAGCAAACCAGGGUUGUAAAACUCACGUCUCACCAGUAGUUUGUUUAAUGGGUCCCACCAGGAUGUUUGGCUUUGAGAUGGCAUCUUGAGUGGCUGUUAAUGUACUGAGCAUCCGGCAAACCGAGGCGUUGGAGAAUGUCUGAUUUUAUGUGGCGCGUUCUGGCAUAACUCUCUUAAUAUUUUGUUUAUUUAGUGUUUUCAACCGCUGUCUCCAGGUAUCUAACUCAGGUAAAUUUACUGUAAUCAAAAAUACUUAGUUAUUAAUAUUACUACGAUUAUUCUUCUCUCUCAACAAGAUGAUCCUCAUUCUGUCUGGGUGUUCAUGGUUCUAAACUAUUGUUUUAUACAGUUUUACUCUGUGUUUAUGCUUUUACUGCCCUAAUCUCAUGAAUUUGGACCUUUAUGGAAUCGUUUUAUUGACCUCUUAACGUUAGCAGUUGUAUUUUAACAUGGCUGUGUAAUUGUUGGUGUACAUUUUUGGCUGCCAAAUUGCCUGCCCUUUCAGAACCCUGUGCUCUUUGCUGUAUUUUGUGAUGGGUGUUUGAUUUCAGAUUAUUUGGAUCGGUGUCAGCCCUCUUUCUGCCCUUGUUUGAGGGAUGAGAUUAUAUUGCUGUUGUCAAGCGAAAACCUUUAGUCCCCCCUUUUUUUUACUUAAAAGGUUUGAUUGAGUAAGUGCCAUCACUUUAGCAUCAACAGAACCAUUAGUUCUUAUUUAAUGUUAUUAGAAUAUAAUUAAUUAGUUUGACGGGCAUCUAUAGGAAAAUCCACCAUAUUUUCCCAAAUUCUGUGACGCUUACCAUUUGGAAAGGGUUUGUUUAGGUUUUCACCCGACAGGAGCGAUAUGUCACAUGACACGUGACAUGAUGUGAUUGUGUCAGUGUCACAUGUAAUAUGACUGUCAGGAUUGUAAUAUUGUAAAAAAACAAAACAAACAAAAAAAAACAAAAACAAG